AUGCUCGUUGGUCAGAGUACCACUCCCCUGCGGCGGCGGCACAUUGGAAAUGAUCUGGAGGCACGGGCUGUCUUCCGUCUAGGUUGUACUUCUAGGUAUCUGUCUAAACUGUCGGGUCUGGGAACCCUCUGUUUGCAGCCUAAAGUUUCUUUCUGGGGUUGGGUCCGGAGACGGAGACGGAGACGGAGAGACGUCAGGAGGAUCGAUUUUUUUUUACUUGUUCUUGCUUUGCUGGUACUUCUAGGUACUCGUCGUCAUCCUCCGCCAAUCGCUCGCUCGCUCUCGUUUCCUGCACCGGAAGCGACACCUUUUCUUCACAACUCCCAAUCCUCUCGGUCACACCUUUCUCCGCCCGCCGAUCCCCUCACAACCAGCAAGCUGGCUGAAUACUUAUAUCUCGUCCAUGCCAACAAGGGGCAUGGCCCAUUCUCAUCUGGCCCUCCGUCGAAGCCGAAACUGCGCGCCAUAAAUACUGUACAAAAGACGCCAAUCUCGCCUUCGAGCAUCAACUCACCCCCCGGAUUCUCAACCAUGACGACCGAUCGCCCAGGCCUGUUCAAGACGGCCAGCGAGAGCGCGUUGAGGAAUUCUUCGACGACGACGACGACGGCUGAGGAGCAGCAGCAGCAGACUGGCGACAGCACCAAUGGGGACCAGAAUUUGAACAAAGAGGUGGCGGCGUUGAGCAACAAGUUGAUUAGUGCGAUCAAUCACCAGACGCAGCUGGACGACUCGCUGGCGACGACGAAACAUGAACUGGAGUUGUCGAAAGCGAAGAUAAGGCAGUUGGAAGCGGUGGCUAAGAAACAUGAGGAAAUGAUGUCAAAGGGAUUGUUGGUGGAGAAGAAGGAUGUGGAUGCCGAAGCGGCGCAACUCAUGAAUCGGUUAAAGGAGGAGCGGACACAGCGCGGUAAGGCAGAAAAGGAUAAGCGCAACAUCGAACAGGAAUUGGAGACUUUGACGACGGCUUUGUUUGACGAGGCUAAUAAGAUGGUCUCGGCAGCACGAAAGGAACGGGAUGCAAUGGACAAGAAGAACGAGCAGCUCCGCGCUCAAUUGGCCGAUACAGAGAUGUUACUGGCCUCGCAUCAGGAGCAGCUCGCAGAGCUGAAGUUGGUAAUGCAACAAAUGACUGCGGACCGGGAAGAGUCGGAAAUCGACAUGUCCACGGGAACGCCUUCGACGCCUGCAUUGAAUAAUCGUGCAAGCAAAGAAUCCUUCGCCCGCAUGUUCGAGUCUCUGCACUUGUCACCCAAUAACAUGACACCUGAAGAGAUGACCCCGUGUCCUCCCACAUCGCUCUCCGGCCUACUCCAUCCAGUUUUGCGUUACGAUACUGGAGCAUAUCAAGACUUCUGCGAAGUUAUGCAUGCUCCGAAGGUGGUCCCCAAGACAUCACCAAUGCCCCGACUUUCCAGCGGGUUGACCGGUGGUUUAUUCGGUUCAAAGAACAAAGACAAAGACGCCGACAGCCGCCCAUCGAGCCCUUCGAGUAAUGCUCCCACAAACAGCAACGGCGCUCAGGGACAGCAACAGACUGGGCUCGGUUUGAAGGAAACAAAGUUCUAUAAGCGGGUACUUGUGGAAGACAUCGAACCGACACUUAGACUCGACAAUGCCCCCGGCCUAUCAUGGCUCGCAAGACGAAACGUGUUGAGUGCGAUCACAGAUGGAAACCUUGUGAUUGAUCCAAUUCCAUCAACAAGUAUUCUAAACACAUUUUCGUGCACCCUAUGCGGGGAGGUACGACCAGGUGAGGAGCAUGCCCGAACCCACAGGAUGCGAACGUCAGAAGCGCCGAACGCACAGCGAUACCCACUUUGUGGAUAUUGCGUUGUCCGGACCCGCGCUGUAUGCGAUUUUCUGGCCUUCCUGAGAACUCUCAAGGAGGGUCUGUGGAAAUGCGAAAGCGAGGGAGAUGAGAAGCACGCCUGGGAUGAAUCUGUCAAACUACGGGAACGUAUGUUCUGGAGCCGUAUCGGCGGUGGUGUAAUUCCGGCAUUCAUUCACAACCGGGACUCGGCCAGAAACUCCGAAGAGCAGGAGCGCUCACGGAGAGGCGAGUCACCAAUGUCAGAUGCUCAGGAUGGCCAGGUCAAGCUUGAUGUUCCAAAGAAGCGGAGUAGCAGAGAUGCUUCGCAUUUUGCAAAGCAUGAUAGAAUGCCGAGUGUGACCGAAGAUAAGGUCAUGCUAUCAGUUCCAUACGACAGUGCUCCCUCGCGGACUAGCCAGGACUCCGAUAGAACGGAGGCUUCCUGUGCCUCUGUUAUCGUUACGCCACAAGUGCGACGCUACGAGAGCUCUGAGGCCGAUGAUACUAGCAGCAUCCAGUCCUCAGACAGGUUCAGUGACUCAGUAGAUGACAUUGAUGAGGAUCGGGACACGAGGAGAGAUACUAUCACAGCCGCGAUCAAUAGUCCUCUUCCUCAAGACGACGAGACAUUUGAGACCCCGUUGCCGACACCACGAUUUGACCAGGAGAAACAUGCAGUUCCCGGUGCUUGGUAG